UCUAUGCCAAACUUGGCGUUUGGACUCUACCACCUUUCCCCACUUGUUUCCCGUCCCCCGUAUAACACAGUACCACCUCUCCACCUCACAUAGAGAGAAGUGCAUACAGAGAUCAAGCAGUUUAGAGAGAGAGAGAGAGAGAUGAUAGAGGUGGGCAUGGCGACGAAGGUGGUGCUAAGCCUAUGCUGCGUGGGGGCGUGCUCCCUCGCGCUCUACCUCUACUACACCGUCUGGGUGGUGCCGCAGAGGCUUCUUGCUGGGUUCAGGAGGCAGGGCAUCGGCGGCCCGCGCCCGUCUUUCCCUUACGGCAACAUCGCCGACAUGAGGGAGGCCGUCGCCGCCGCAAAGUCGGCCCCCCGAGCCGGCGGCCGCAUCGUCCACGACUACCGCCCAGCCGUGCUGCCCUUCUACGAGAAAUGGAGGAAAGAGCAUGGUCCAGUGUUCACUUACUCCAUGGGGAACGUGGUGUUCCUUCACGUGAGCCGGGCAGACGUGGUUCGGGACAUCAACCUCUGCGUCUCGCUGGACCUCGGCAAGAGCUCCUACCUAAAGGCCACGCACGAGCCACUGUUCGGCAGAGGCAUCCUCAAGUCCAACGGCGAGGCUUGGGCCCACCAGAGGAAGAUCAUUGCGCCCGAGUUCUUUCUCGACAAGGUCAAGGGAAUGGUGGAUCUGAUGGUAGAUUCUGCGCAAACACUGCUCGAGUCAUGGGAAGCGAGGGUCGACAAGAGUGGCGGCACCGUAGACAUCAAGAUUGACGACGACAUAAGAGCCUACUCCGCAGAUGUCAUCUCCAGGACAUGCUUCGGAAGCAGCUACGUCAAAGGAAAGAAGAUCUUCCUCAAGCUCAGAGAGCUGCAAAAGGCCGUGUCCAAGCCAAAUGUGCUAGCUGAAAUGACCGGCCUAAGGUUAAAAAAAUGUUCAUCAAAAUGUAGAAACUUUCACAAUUCACCAUUUUCGUCGGUGAAGGAACAUAGACUAAGAUCCUCAUUCUGCAGGUUCUUUCCUACCAAGAAGAACAGGCAGGCGUGGGGGCUUCACAAGCAGGUGCACAGGCUGAUACUGGAGAUCGUCAAGGAAAGCGGAGAGGACAAGAAUUUACUGCGCGCGAUCCUUCACAGCGCAAGCAGCAGCAAGGUGGGGCUCCGCGAGGCAGAGAACUUUAUAGUGGACAACUGCAAGAGCAUAUAUUUUGCAGGAUACGAGAGCACAGCUGUAACAGCUGCCUGGUGCCUAAUGCUCCUUGGCCUGCACCCAGAAUGGCAGGACCGGGUCCGCCAAGAGGUCCUGGACGUCUGCGGGGGCCGUCCACUAGACUCCCAAUCACUCCAGAAAAUGAAGAAUCUGACGAUGGUGAUUCAGGAAACCCUGAGGCUGUACCCAGCAGGCGCCUUUGUGUCAAGGAUGGCACUUCAGGAACUGAAGCUGGGGGGCGUGCACAUCCCAAAAGGCGUCAACAUCUACAUCCCUGUCUCCACAAUGCACCUUGACCCCAAGCUGUGGGGUCCUGAUGCCAAGGAGUUCAACCCGGCACGCUUCUCCGACGCUCGACCCCAGCUGCACUCCUACUUGCCGUUUGGCGCCGGCGCUCGGACCUGCCUCGGCCAAGGGUUCGCCACGGCAGAGCUCAAGAUACUCAUAUCUCUCAUCAUCUCCAAGUUUGCGCUCAAGCUCUCGCCGCUCUAUCACCAUUCUCCAGCGCUGAAACUCAUAGUGGAGCCCGAGUUCGGCGUCGACCUCACCUUAACCAAAGUGCAGACUGCUUCUACUACUACUACAUAGAGUACUAAGAGAGGCAACGUGGCCUGGAUAUAAUAAUGUUAGCAUCCGUCCUCGCUCAUGCAAAGAAAUUUGUACGUACGUAGUUUAAUCAAUGAAUGCAGCUUGCUUGCUUGAGAGAAUGUACAGAUACACACGUUCGAAUUUGUUCAGAUAUGAUCGUUCCGUGGGUAUGUUAAGGUUCAGCUUGACUA